AUGUGUAUCGAAAGCGAACGAAGUAUGUCUUAAAGUGAUUAUCUAAAUUCAAUUGACUAUAUUUUUGAUCUUUUACCUCAAGUUGAUCUACAAUCAGAAAAAGCAUUUGAAUAAGAAAAACAAAGUUAAAAAAACAUAACCAUAGAUAAUGUUGUUAAAAUAUAAAAAAUUCAAGAAUUGGAGAAUUAUGAAACUUAAGAAAGUAAUAGUCAUGAGUAAAAGUGUAGAAAUAGAAGAAAAGGAACUUAGGGAUGGUAUCGCUCAAGCAAGUUUAUCACUUCAAUGAAAGACAAAUUUAGACCAGUAUAAAAUGCCUAGAGGAAGGAAAAUAUAAUAAAACUAUCUUAUACUUAAUAAGUAAAAAAUUUCAAAAGUUCAUAAUUAUUUAUAACAAUCAUUAGGGUGAACAUGUCAAACAAACCAUACUUAGAAAACAAAUAAAGUUGA